GGAGAAGUGUACGAAUGUGAAUACAUGGCAACGUCGAAAUUUAUAAAAAUACAAAUUUCAAGUUAAGACCCUCCAGUUUUGUUCCUCCCUUCUGUGUGCAAAUUCGCCUUCUCACCGCUGUCUUAUUAUUUGGUCUAUUUUUUUUUUUUUUUAAUCUGUUGGUAUUGUUUUGACACUUUGCGCUUGCACACUCUUUCGAUUCAGCACGCCUCUCCCAAUCACGAUAACCGCGUUGCAUUCCCACUGACCUCGCCACUGGAACGAGCAAAACUAAUUUCUACGCAUACACUAGUAAAAUGCCAUUUCACUUUUCCAAAACAUGGUGCCUGAUAUUUCUAUAUUUUUAUUUUAAAACACAAAUUGAGUGUUACCAGGAUGAUCCGAAGUUGCCAGAAUGUGACGUGUCCAUCGAUACGGCAAUUUGUAUUAACAAUGGGCAGAAGAUCCUGUUGCCCGAGGCAAAGCCAUAUGGCAUCUCCGCGCACAUAAAAUUCGACAGCAUAUCUGCAGUAGACGCAACUGGCAACAGAAACCAUGCCGUCGGGAACUUUUUCGCCUCCACUGGAUUUGGCGGUAUGGGGAACUCCUCCCUGUUCAGAAAAAAUUACAUUUACAUUCCCCAUUCGGACGAGUAUUUCAAAACGGUCGAUUUUUCCUACACCUUUUUUAUCUACCUACUGGAGGAUGAACUGUCCAUAAAAAACAACGUCGAAGAAAUGUUUUGCCCCGUAAUCCACAAGGGAAUCAUAAAGGACAAGGUCCAGGAAUCCUCCCCAGCAAUAUUAAUAAAUGCAAAGAACGGACGAAUUAAAAUCGUUUUGAGCACCUCCUCUAGCACGAACUCGGUCGUCAGACACAUAAACCACGUAAGACUCUUCGUGAACGGAAUCCUGGACUCGAGUUUUCUAACCGAAGGAAUAACAAAAACGAACGACUUUCCGAUAUACAUAGGGGGGGCACCAUAUUCAGUGGAGUCUUGUGACUUUCCGUUUUUACUUGACGAAUUAAAAGUUUACAAUUUGAGCCUCGGAGUGGACCACAUUCAGAGUGAAGCGGCAUCAACCCUAAACGGAGUAGAACCAUCUUUCAUCUACUUUGGAUGUUUCCAUUGCGAUAUUAACAAUGCUAUUUUGUCUUGUCCGAAUAACUACCAUUUAUGCAAUAAGGUGGAACUGUACAUUGGGGUUUACAACGUGAUGAGGAAGUUCUCGCUAAAUAUAAAUAACCUCAUAUUGCCCUUCUCCCCCGAGAAUCACACGGGCAUAGGUGUGUGUUGUGCCGAUAUAUGA